UCCAAAGUCCACGCGUACUGUACAAUAUCCUCGUCGGUUGCAAAAGCGUUCGCGAAGAGACCCCUGGGCAACAUCGCUUCCCCAGACCUAUUCCCCAGCCCAACAUCUCGGGGCAUACACAUCCCAGCUAUACUAUAGAGACACAUAGAUGCUGUCGUGCAGAAGACUAGUCCACACAAGAGGCCUCCUGCCAAAAAUGCCCCUCGACACCCCCGCAGCCCAAGACUCCGCUAAGGCUCAUAUCCAUGCCCUGUGCGUCAGCGAACGGACCGCUGUGCUUUCGCUUGGUUGCAGAUAUGCUGUACUGUGCGCAAGUCUGUCUAGUGCGAAUAUUCCCACCGCAUUUGCACCAGCUCUCGACGCGUUGGCGGAGAUUGCGGUGGACGAGAAGGAACGUGCGGUGUGUUUGAGGAAGGGGAGGGAGGCGGUUUACAAGAGUUACACCGUUGCUGGGAUGCCCAAGACCAUCAACGGCCUCUCCGAACUCCGCUCCGGCGCCAUCGCCCGCUGGCCUUCCUCAGCCGCCACGUUCGACGAACCCCUCCCCGAAGACCAAACCGGGUCCACAGAGCAGCAACGGGCGGAAAGGGGCCAGGUGCUGUUCAAUGAGGUGUAUGGGCGGACGGCGCAGCGGUUGACAGAUAUACUGGGGUCGCUGCAUCCGCGGCUGCUGUCGGUGAUUGUGACGGAUGCGUAUGGGAAGAUUUUGGCGGAUACGGGCGUGUUGGGGUUGGAGGAGACGGAGUUGGUUAUGGUUGGGGCUUUGAAGGUACAAGGCGGCCCAGUCGCAAAGCAGGUAGAAAGUCAUCGGAGAGGCGCCGUGCGCAUGGGUGCUUCGCAGAGUCAUGUCGAGGCCGCCGAGUACAUUGCCGAUGAAGUCGUGCGGCUGAAAGAGAUGGCCUAAGGCGAAUACGUAAUGGAUAGAGAAGCAUUGAUACCCACUCGGCGUAUGCCACACGGACUUGCCCCUGCAGGGACAGCACCUGACCAACGAAAGCGACCACUUCCUAAGCAUGUGGCACACUUCAUACAUUUUCAUAGUAAAUACACACAAAUGCACAGAUGAGA